AUGCUUGCGAGGUCCUGCUUGCGCUCGACGCGCGCAUUCGCCGGCCUGCGGAAUGGCGCCGUGCACAUCCCCAAGCGCACUGCGUCGUCCUCGAGCUCCAAACCUGCCGCCGACUCGCCCCUCCGCCUAAACAUUGCUGCCGUCGCCGCCACCACCGUCGCCGCCGGCUCCAUCGCGUGGUACUACCACCUCUACGGACCUACUGCGGAUGCGUUGACACCGGCUGAAGAGGGUCUGCACCCUACCCCGUACCCCUGGGUUCACCAACAGUGGUUCAAGACCUUUGACCACCAGGCUCUUCGCAGAGGUUUCCAGGUCUACCGGGAAGUUUGUGCAUCGUGCCACUCUCUCAGCAGAGUGCCGUACCGCACACUUGUCGGCUCCAUCCUGACUGUCGACGAGGCCAAGGCUCUGGCCGAAGAGAACGAGUACGACAGCGAACCCAACGACCAAGGCAAUAUCGAGAAGCGCCCCGGGAAACUGUCCGACUACAUCCCGUCACCCUACCCGAACGAUGAGUCCGCCCGGUUCGCCAACAACGGUGCCCUCCCCCCUGAUCUCAGCCUGAUCGUCAAAGCCCGCCACGGCGGCUGUGACUACAUCUUCAGCCUCUUGACCGGUUACCCUGAGGAACCCCCUGCUGGUGCCCAAGUAGGCAGUGGCCUGAAUUUCAACCCUUACUUCCCCGGCACUGGCAUCGCCAUGGCUCGUGUCCUGUACGAUGGCCUUGUUGAAUACGAGGAUGGCACCCCCGCUACAACUUCCCAGAUGGCCAAGGACGUUACCGAGUUCCUCAACUGGGCUGCCGAACCCGAGAUGGACGACCGGAAGCGCAUGGGUAUGAAAGUUCUGGCUGUCACAUCGGUCCUGUUCGCGAUGAGCGUGUGGGUGAAGAGGUACAAGUGGGCGUGGCUCAAGUCGAGGAAGGAGUUCCUCACGUCACUUAUUAUCUCUGGUCAGGUUCCGCCGGCCGAGGUGAAUGAACUACAACAGCUUAGCCUCAUGCGUGGAGUUGAUGAAUGGGAUAUGCUCUUUGAAUGUGCAGCAGUGUUGCAGGACAGGGACAUCAGCUCAAAGGCGGGCAGCGGCGGAUAUGCGGAGGAAAGCUUGGUGCCAUUCCUGCAGGAGAUACGAGGAACUCGGGCUGGCGCGGAGGAGGCGAGCCUUUUCCCGGCAAACGGAAAGAAUAUCCUCUUAACAAACAGUCCCACGGAGCGCCUCGCAGCUACCCUGGUAGCCGUUCCUAAUAAUUCAACCCACCCAAAUACCGCCACGACUGCUGAGAGAGCAGUUAAAGCAACAGGAGGAUCCAGAUCUCCCUUCUUCGUCACCGCAACCCCUCCACGAAUAAAGGCAUUAAAUGAUGUGCCGACUCCACCGUCAACGACAAAACGAUCUCGUCCGCCGCGAGGCACCGUCUCGGGCCUCCCGAUACCGCCCCUUUCUGCAACCCAUUUCGGCUUAAUACAAGAGGAGUUGGCAGAUAACCCGUUUCGGCUCCUGGUUGCUAUCACUUUUCUUAUCAAGACCACCGGAAGGGCGGCAAUUCCUGUCUUUUGGCAACUCAUGGAGCGUUUCCCAACGCCUAAGGCUCUCGCCACGGCGGAUCCGGCCGAGAUUACAGCCCUGAUUAGACCGCUUGGCUUAUCCAUUGUACGGUGUGCGGUUAUCCAGAAAUACGCGCGGAUGUGGCUGGAGAGUCGUCCAUGUGGUGACGUACGGUAUGGGGUAAAAAACUACCCAAAUCCAGGUGACGGGCGGCAUGUGAGCGCGGGGGAAAUGUUCGGCCCGGAGGAUACGCCACAGUCUCCAGGCGGCCAAAACACGGAUGCGGUCUCUGAUGCCAGGGACAGGGCGGUUGGGUGCGCUUGGGAGAUUGGACAUCUUACCCAGGGGCCGUAUGCGCUCGACUCAUGGCGGAUUUUCUGCAGAGAUGUGCUUCUCGGCCGGUCGAACCGGUGGACAGGAAAUGAGAACAUUCCCGGUUUUCAACCAGAAUGGAUGCGUGUUCUACCUAAGGACAAGGAGCUGAGGGCGUGUUUGCGCUGGAUGUGGAUGCGAGAAGGCUGGGAAUGGAAUCCGUUAAACGGAGAUAAAAAGCCCCUCCGGGAAGACCUCAGGAAGGCUGUGGAUGACGGUCAAGUUGGCUACGACGACGGUGGGAACCUGGUUAUUCUCAACCAGGAUGGGGCGUAG